AUGGAAGGCCCUAUACCUUUAACAGCCCGAGAGGCAGCAUCAGGUCUCUUAGGCUCAGUUUCUAUGACCUGCUGGGUUUUCCUUUUGGUACCCCAACUAAUUGAGAACUACCGCAAUGGCAACGCAGAAGCCAUAUCUCUCCUUUUCGUCACUGUCUGGCUAAUCGGCGACAUUGCAAACCUCGCCGGAGGCCUACUAGCUGGACUCGUGCCUGUGAUCGUCGCGAUCGCAGUAUACUUCUGUAUCGCGGACGGCGUGCUGAUCGCGCAAUGUGUGUACUACAAAGUGCGCAACUCGCGCCCUGAACCUUUCCACCGUCGACGCUCGUCCACGGAGACCCCUGAACCGACUACCCCGUUGUUGGGGCGGCGGUUCAGCGACUCGCUCGCGUCUUCUCAGCGGCGUCGGUCGUCGGGCUCGAUGCGUCGGUAUCAAGUUUUUGGUCGACGUGAGAGUGAGGUCGAGGAUACACUGGCCAAGAUUGUUGAGGAGAAUGAUUAUGGCCGUAAGGCGUGGAUCAAGAAUUUUACUAGUAUCGUUGGGAUUUUCCUCAUUGGGAUGGUGGGUUGGACUAUGGCUUGGCAGACGGGGAUGUGGGAGCCCGCGCCGUUGGAUAAUAAGAAUGGCUCCGAGGAGGCUAUUGGGGGAUUGGUGUUGGGGUAUUUCAGUGCUCUUUGCUAUCUGGGAGCGAGAUUGCCACAGAUCUACAAAAACUACAGUGAGAAGUCAUGUGAAGGAUUGUCGCUCUUGUUCUUCAUUCUCUCUCUUCUUGGAAACUUAACCUACGGUGCAGGAAUCCUUUGCCAUUCUACCGAGAAGGAAUAUUUCCUCACUAAUCUUCCAUGGUUGAUUGGAUCGCUGGGAACUAUGGUUGAAGAUGUGGUCAUCUUCAUUCAAUUCCGGAUCUACGCUGUUCAGGACCCUCGUCUCUCGGCAAUCUCCUAA